CUGCUGCCCACAGGCCCUGAUGGAAGAGUUCUGCAUUUAGUAAUGUAAAUACUGGCUUGUUUAUCUCACACCCAUAUGAAGGUGAGCUUGUUCUAUAAAAAGCCACAUUUUCUUCAGCAGCAGUCUCUCUGUCAAGACCUCCAAGAUGAAGUUCCUGGCCGUGCUUUUCCUGCUGUCUGUGGGCGCAGCCAGCAUCGAUGCCGUACCCCGUGCCAUGUGGACCUUACGCAAAAUGAUCAAAUGCACCAUCCCCAACAGCUUUCCCCUGCUGCAAUAUGCUGACUACGGCUGCUACUGUGGCUUGGGAGGCAGCGGGACCCCAGUGGAUGAACUUGACAGGUGCUGUCAAGCACAUGAUAACUGCUAUAACCUGGCAAUGGAACAUGAAUCCUGCAAAUACAUCCUGGACAACCCCUACACGGAGACCUACGCCUUCACUUGCUCCAAUAAGACAGUUACAUGUAGCAGCAAGAACAACGACUGCAAGGCCUUCAUUUGCAACUGCGACCGCAUCGCUGCUACGUGCUUCGCCAAAGCACCCUACAAUCCCCAGCACCACAAGCUGGACACCGAGAAAUACUGCAAAUAGGCCUCGUCCUGCCCCUCGAGGGGGUGACAGGCCUCUCGUC